AGUUUGCAAGGUACAGGAACGAGAAUUUUGUUAAGCGUGAAACCUGUACUGAUCCGUAACAAAAUGGCCAACAACUGGUGGUGGGCACUGCUACUUUUUGUAGGACUGUGCAACGGACCUUCUUUCGUGUUGGCAGCCUCUGGCGAUGCCGGUGACAUCAUGUUUGUGUUGGACGGCUCCGGUAGCAUCAGCGCAGAGGACUUUGGCAGGGCGAAAACUUUCAUCAGCCAAGUUGUGGACGCUUUCGACAUCGCUGCUGACUUCACACGCGUAGGUCUGGUUCAGUUUGGCUCCCUGUUUCGGGAAGAAUUCGCGCUGAAUGCCUACUCUGACAAGACGUCUUUGCAACAGGCCAUCAGCAACAUCGACCAAAUAGGAGGAGGGACUCUCAUAGGCCAGGUCAUUCACUACCUGAUCGGCACAAGUUUUACGGAAGCCAAAGGGGCGCGGCCACUAUCGGAGGGGAUCCCCAGGAUAGCGGUUUUUAUAACGGACGGGGCAGCGAAUGACAACCCAGAUACCGUACUACCACAGGCAAUAUCUGCCUUACAAGCAUCUACCAUAAUUCCAUUCUCCAUUGGAGUUGGCAAUGACGUGAACGCGGACCAACUGUUAGCAGUGGCAGGAGACUCAGAUCGGGUGUUCCAAGUCGGUACUUAUUCUGUCAUCGACAGCAUCCGGGAGCUCUUGGUGGAGAGAGUGAGGGUGAUAAUUGAGUCACCGUCAUCACCAAGGCCAGAACUGCCUCUGACGUCACGACCGCCGACCAUGGCACCUACCAGCACACAGCGUCGGACUACACAGAAACUGUCGACACCAAGGGCAACUACACAGAAACUGAAGACGACAUCAACAGCAACUACACAGAAACUUAUGACAUCAACAGCAACUACACAACAUUCGAUGACAUCACCAACAACCCAAGCAAUGACACCGAUCACAAUGACUCAACUUAUAAACACAUCAACAGCAACUAUCAAAACUAAGACUGCCACGCCGACCAACACGCUGUACUACAUCGCUGGAGGGGUAGGGGGCGCCCUUCUGCUCAUCGUCCUAGUGGUUAUCAUCAUAGUGGUGAUCAAGUGCCGCAAACGUCAGGACGACGAGCCUGAAGCUCCUCAGGAGGAUCCAUUCAAGAGAGAAGAACUUGGUCCACGAGAGUUUGUGUUCAACAACCCGGCGUUCGGCAGCUCAGACCAGGUCCCGACCAACCGCUGGCAGGAGGCGGCAGGGUACAGCGACCCCGCCCCGGAGGAACCUGUCUACGUCAACACCACAUUCAGCGGCGGAAAAAACACACAGGAAAAUGAGUAUGUCUACCGGGGGUAA